UCGUGGUGUGGUGAUGAAACGGCUCCAAAGCCACAAUGCAUCAUUUGCGGCGAUCAGCUAUCAAACGAGGCAAUGGCACCCAGCAAAGUAAAUCGCCAUCUAAAUUCAAACCAUCCCAGUUACGCCAAAAAAGACAAACAAUAUUUUCAGAGGCGCUUAGAACAAAAUCAAAAACAGAAGCAAUUUAUGAAAUCGGCCGUUACGGUUUCUGAAAAGGCCUUAGAAGCUAGCUACCAUGUUGCAAAAUUAAUUGCAUGUCAGAAAAGACCACAUACUAUCGGCGAAACACUUAUUAAACCAGCAUGCAUGGAAAUUGUUCGACUUAUGCUUGAGCCCAAUGAAGUUAAGGAAGUGAAUAAAGUUUCGUUGUCUGCCGAUACUGUUAAAAGACGUAUUCAUGACAUGUCAAGCGAUAUUUUAGGAACACUGAUUAGAAAACUGAUAUUGGCUGAAAAAUUUGCGCUUCAAAUCGACGAAUCAACCGAUAUUAAAAAUAAAGCACAACUGAUAGCUAUUGUACGUUUCGUUGACGAGGACUUUAUUAAAGAACAUUAUUUAUUUUGUAAGGAGGUUCCAGAGCGAACUACCGAUGAAGAAAUUUUCCGAGUAACCGAUGAUUUCUUCAAAAUAUAUAAUAUUCAAUGGAGCAAUUGCAUUGCUAUUUGCACGGAUGGCGCUGCGGCAAUGACGGGUAGUAAAAAAGGUUUUGUCUCUUGUGUACAACAAAAAAAUCCGAUAAUACAAAUUACACACUGCUGCAUACAUCGAGAAGCAUUGAUGGUCAAGAAUUUGCCAGAGGAACUUUUGAACACGAUGAAUGAAUGCAUUAAAAUCAUAAACAUAAUUAAAUCGAGAGCCCUAAAUUCGCGAAUCUUUGGAAUACUCUGUGCAGAAAUGGGAGCCGAAUAUGAAUGA